CUCGGCCUCGCCCCCGAUCCGACAAGCAAUCCCCAAGGUCAGCUGAACUACAACAGCAGACCCCGACCCACCAACUGCCGCCGUCGCCGCCGCGAUGCCCAUCUUCAAAACACCUUUUAAUGGCUACUCCGUCAAGUUCAGCCCCUUCUACGAGAACCGUCUCGCCGUAGCCACCGCCCAGAACUUCGGCAUCCUCGGCAACGGCCGCCUCCACGUCCUGUCCCUUCCCCCCUCCCCCGCCGCCCCCAUAUCCGAAAUCGCCUGCUUCGACACCGCCGACGGCGUCUACGACCUCGCCUGGUCCGAAUCGCACGAUUCCCUCCUCGUCGCCGCCGUCGCAGAUGGCUCCGUCAAGCUCUACGACUCCUCCCUUCCCCCCGCCAACAACCCCCUCCGCUCCCUCCACGAGCACACGCGCGAGGUCCAGAGCGUGGACUACAACCCCACCCGCCGCGACUCCUUCCUCUCCGCCGCCUGGGACGACAGUGUCAAGCUCUGGACAGUUGACCGCCCCGCCAGCGUCCGCACCUUCAAGGAGCACACCUACUGCGUCUACUCCGCCGCCUGGAACCCCCGCCACGCCGACGUCUUCGCCUCGGCCUCCGGCGACUGCACUGCCCGCAUCUGGGACGUCCGGGAGCCUGGCUCCACCAUGAUCAUCCCCGCCCAUGAGUUCGAGAUCCUCUCCCUCGAUUGGAACAAGUACGACGACUGCGUGAUCGCCACCGCCUCGGUUGACAAGAGCAUUAGGGUUUGGGACGUCAGGAAUUACCGGGUCCCUGUGGCCGUGCUCAAUGGGCACGGGUAUGCAGUGAGGAAGGUGAAGUUCUCGCCGCACAGAGGGAGCUUGAUGGCCUCGUGCUCCUACGACAUGACAGUGUGCUUGUGGGAUUACAUGGUGGAGGAUUCGCUCGUGGGGAGGUACGAUCAUCACACUGAAUUUGCUGUAGGCGUGGACAUGAGCGUGCUUGUCGAAGGGCUUCUCGCUAGUACAGGUUGGGAUGAGCUUGUUUAUGUUUGGCAACAUGGAACUGAUCCUAGAGCUCCUUGAAUUGGGAUAAAGUUUGGUUUUUUUUUUUUUUUUUUUUUUGGGUCCCUUCAUUGAGCUGAUUUUGUUGUACUUCUUUGUCAACUUGGAAUCACAAUUCUGGAUUGCCGAAUUUGAAAGUGUCGCUGUCGUUUUACGGUUGAUCUUGGCAAAUGGCUAGCAUAUAAAUACUGUCUAUUAGAUUCAAUAAAACAGGGCAAGUUUCCAUCUGCAUUUUUAGAA